AUGGGGUUGGCAUUAAACGAGGAAAGUAAAAACGAGAAAGCCAUUGAGUUUUAUCAUAUAAUGUCUACUUUUCAUUUUGUUCCCAGCACUCCUACCCUUUUCCAUUCCGGUUUAAAAAAAGCCUCGUUAAGUUCUUGUUUUUUAGCCACCGUGGAAGAUGACCUGCAACAUAUUUUUAAAGCAGUUGGUUCGCUUAUUGAAAGUGUUGAUGUAGAGUCGACCGGAGUAAUCAGUUUCUUAAAAGGAGCAGAGGCUACUACUUCUAUGAUCAAUCGUUCGGGUCGAAGGAGAGGAGCAACGGUGGUCUAUCUUGAAGCAUGGCAUUUAGAGAUUGAGGAUUUUUUAGACUUACGUAAAAAUGUAGGAGAUGAAAGAAGAAGAACUCAUGAUUUGAAUUUGGCUCUCUGGAUUCCUGACUUAUUCAUGAAAAGAUUUGAAGAGGAAUAUGUGCUUUGUGAACAACUAAGCCAAACAGGAAAAAUUAAAUUGGAUGCGUGCAACAUUCGUUCUCCGCAAGACCACGUUGGAAUAGUUCAUUGUUCUAACUUAUGCACUGAAAUAACCCUCAAUACCUCCCCAGAAGAAAUUGCGGUUUGCAACCUCGGUUCCGUUAACUUAUCUAAACACAUUACGGAUAAUAAAUUAGAUGAAAGAUUAUUCAAAGCAACUAUUCUCACCGCCAUGAGAAUGCUCGAUAAUGUGAUUGAUAUCAAUGAUUAUUCUAUAUUACCUAAAGAAACCAAAAACUCCAAUUUAAAACAUCGACCAGUCGGUUUAGGGAUGAUGGGUUUUCAAGAUGCCUUGUUUAAACUGAACCUUCCCUACCAUUCUGAAUUAGCAUUAAAUUUUGCUAAUGAAAUAACUGAAAAAUAUUCAUAUUAUGCUAUCUCAGGCUCUUGUCAGUUGGCGAAAGAAAGAGGAACUUACUCUUCUUAUAAAGGUUCUAAAUGA